GGCUCGGCCCCCCAAGCUGAGCUUUGGUGCCAGGCUGCACCAAUGGGCCUCAGGGGGACCCCAGGGGAGCCCUGCCUGGCCGAGGGACGGGAGGCCGGGGGGCCAAGGGCGUUCACCACCCGCUGCCCCACGGGCCCGGGUUGCUACAUGUGGGGGCAGCACCCCUAUAAGAGCCCUGCGGCCCUGCCCCCGGCCCGAGGGCGGGAGAAUUGGCAGUGCUGGGCCAUGGAGGCUGCCGAGGCCACGGCGAAGGCGGCCCUGCGAGCACCCAAAUGCUCCCGCUGCCGCAACCACGGCUUCGUGGUGCCGGUGAAGGGCCACGCCGGGCACUGCCGCUGGAAGCUGUGCCUGUGCGACAAGUGCUCGCUCAUCACCGAGCGGCGCGCGGUGUCCUGGGGGCCACCGCCGCCUCCCUUCAGGGACCUCGUUCACCGGGCUUUUCCUCCAGAAUACACUGUCAACCCAGAAUACCUGGAGAGAGAGGCCUCGAAAGUGUACCCUGGCUGUUCUGGGGUGUAUCCUUACCACCCAUUUCCCAUGGGAUUUGCCAUCAGUGAGUCCAGCAGUGGGGAAGCACCACCUCCAGGGAUACCACUUCAGAGAGGUUUCCGACACAUUCCUAGCAACUAUGGGCCAGGGAAUGCAGCUUCUGUAUCAGUUCCAGAUGGAGGUGGAGAUUUCCAUCAAGGAUACUACACUCCUCUGCCUCCGUUCAUCCCACCAAGUUUUCUGACAGGGAUUCAUUACAUUCCAACUGCUGUUUCACUGAACAUCUUGGCUGAAACAUCCAAGGAAGCACAUGCUACUGAAGUUGACAGUGAGGAUUCAAGGGUGUUUCAUGAACCUGGACAACCACCUUCUUCCCCAGAAGAAACAAGCAGAGACCAACUUGUACACUCUAAACAGUAAAUGGGCUGGAGAAGAGCUGAGAGCAGGCAGCACUAUUUUCCUUUCUGAGGAGAGUGUUAGUUAAUGAGGGUUGAGUGACACUUAGUCACCGAGCAGCUGAACACAACACUAGAUGCCAGAAGGGGCUUAGUCCCCUGCCUGUCUUUAUGAUCAUGUUAGAGCUACCAGGCUCACAGCUCUGCCUCCUGAGCACUGUAAAGCCCAUGUUCCUAGAAUAGGUUUUCCAGUGGAAGCAGCAAAUGAUUAUGACUCUGAAUUUGUUCCUUUGCUGAGGUUACAUGGCUCUCUGACCUUGGAGUGAGGUCUCAGAGCUGUGUGCAUUCUGCAGCAUUUUCAUGUUCAUGACAGUAGUCAAAAAGGUGUUGUUUGUAUCUCUUUGCUUUAAAGGAAAUCUGGUUAUGAAUGUUAUGGAAGAGUUAAGUGAUGUGGAGCCUGAGGACUGAGGGAAAGAGGAUGGGAAGGCAGCCUGCCUUGCUGAUGAACUUGGCUGCCUAAGAAGAUGAUUGACUGGAUUCAGCAGGGUAAGGGAACAGUAGGUGCUGGUCCAGAAAGGCAUGGCAAGAAUGUGUGGAAAGGCCUGGUGCCCCCACGCUGUUUUAUGGGUGGACUGCCUUUAAGGUGUUCAGGCUGGGGACAGACUCGAUUUGGAAUCACCUCUUGUCACACAGGCUUCACAUCUGACAUUUUGAAUGUCCUUGAUGAUUUAUACAUGAUUUCAAUGUUGUUGAACUUGUGACAGCUGAAACCUAAGCAGUGCUGUUUGUUCCUGAAGGGCUCCUGUAGACAGCUUUAUCCAUGUGGAUUGGGAGAGCACUGUGGUGUAUCAAAGGUGUGGAGAUAUUGCCCAGGAAACUGGGACAGAACACCAUUUAGAAUAAUAAUUACUCAAAUCCAUACAUACUAUGAUUUUCAGCGAUGACCUUUAAUUAAAAAUGAAUUAAUUAAACAUUCCUCUGCUGUUUUGCCUAGAGGAGUUGGUUUUGUACUAAGUGCAUCAGUUGUUAAUGUUUGAAUAAUUAGGGUGGGACUUUUGUAUAAUUAAAAUGAUACAUUAAAUUGUUGUUACAGUUUGA